UUGCUUUAUAUGACAAUUUAAAAACAAUUAUUGAAAAUCAAUUAUUAAAUUUAAUUAAACUUAUAAAAACUAUUUCAUUAUUUUCAACCUUACUUAUUUCAGAAGAUCAAUAUGAAAUUUAUAAUAUAAUUACAAAAUGUUGGGGACCAUCAUAUCCAAAUAAUCAACAUCCAUUCUUUUUCUUAACUGGUUCAGCAG